GCGUAAAUGUCAGAACAUCUCUCCAGGCGAAUAUGUCGAAAAGUGACUAAAAAAAAAAAAAAAAAGUUAUGGAGCUCACCGGUCAAGUGGAUCCAACUGAGCCGGUGAAUACAACAAAUGACAGUUUGAUCACAGAUGCGCCCACAGUGGACGAGGGCGCAGAGAGUCUCGCCUAUCAGAUCAGUCUGGCGGUGGUUCUGUCGGUCAUCACCCUGGCUACUACUUUAUCCAACGCCUUUGUCAUCGCUACAAUUUCCCAAUCGAAGAAGCUACAAACUCCUGCUAACUUCCUGAUCGCUUCUCUGGCCAUCACGGACCUCCUGGUGUCCAUCCUGGUCAUGCCCAUCUGCGUCCUCUACACCGUCAUCCACACUUGGACGCUCGGACAGAUCGUGUGCGACAUCUGGUUAUCCUCGGACAUAACGUGUUGCACCGCAUCCAUCCUCCACCUGUGCGUCAUCGCUUUGGAUAGAUACUGGGCCAUCACGGACGCGGUGGAGUACUCCAAAAAGCGCACGCCAGGACGCGCAGCCGGGAUGGUGGCCACAGCCUGGGUCAUCGCCAUCUCCAUCUCCAUGCCUCCUCUGUUUUGGAGGCAGGUCAAAGCGGAGGAGCUCACCAGCUGUAGCGUCAACACGGAUCAUAUUUUCUACACCAUCUACUCCACCUUUGGGGCGUUCUACAUCCCUACUUUGUUGCUUUUGGUUCUCUACGGUCGGAUUUACGUGGAAGCGCGCAAGCGGAUCUUGAAGCAAUCCCCGAAAAAAGUAGGGAAGAGACUCACCUCUGCGCACCUGGUUACCAAUUCCCCCGGAUCUGUGGCGUCCACGACCUCGUUGCAAUACGGGAGACACGACACCCCAUCCAGCGACACCGGGUCUUCAACCAGCGACAGCCAGGUGAAGGUGACGGUGUCGGAUGCGCUCUUGGAGAAAAAGCGCAUCUCAGCAGCCAGAGAAAGAAAAGCCACGAAGACACUGGGGAUAAUCCUCGGUGCGUAUAUUGUUUGCUGGCUGCCGUUUUUCAUAUACACUCUGGUGGUGGCCACUUGUGACACCUGCUUCCUCCCUGAAUUAUUUGACUUUUUUAACUGGUUGGGGUAUUUGAACUCCCUCAUCAACCCCAUCAUUUACACUAUGUCCAACGAGGAUUUCAAGAAAGCUUUCCAUAAACUCGUGCGCUUUAGAUGCUGCAGAUCGUGAACAAAAACGCUCGGAUAAGUUUUAUUUUUACCCCUCCCCCCCCCUCCUUCCUUUCCUCCCUCAUUCCAAUAUAAAAUAAGAGUGUGCAUG